AGGUCUCCGAUACAUCCGAGUUCUUCUUAGUAAGGAAAGAAUAUUUUGCUACAUCAGAUCGUUAAAUACUACUCUCAGAAGAAGAUAACAAGUUGUUCGAUUUCAUCUGUAUUUGUGCAUUGAUUAAAUUAAUUAUUUUCUUUUUAAAUAUAAAAAUGGUCGGCCAAUAUCUACGUAUCUUUUUCUUCUAUCUUAUCUUUCACGAAUCUUAUAUCCCAAUAUUAUCACAAAAGACUAUUUUGGACAAUCCGUUGAAUCUUCAACUUUAUCGAGUAAUUCGUCGUGGUAUUUACGAUAUCUUUGGUCGUACAAGUAAUUUGGAAAGAAAUCUACGAAGAGCCAAAAAUUUAUAUUCAAUACAAGAACCAGUUUCACAAAACGUUCCUUUCCCAUGCGAUGUAAGAGGCUGGAGAUCAAAUGUAACGCCAACAAGCGUUCACCGUUUGAAACCAGGUGACAUAGACGUCAUUGCAUCAAUGGGCGAUUCAUUGUCAGCUGGAACAGGAGUAUUUGCUGAGUCUUUUUUUCAACUUUUUAUCGAUAAUAGAGGUGUUACUGGAGCUGGCGGUGGGCAAAAUACAUGGAGAGAAUAUACAACCUUGCCUAAUAUACUCAAGGAAUUCAAUCCAAAUUUAUAUGGUUAUUCUUUAGGAGAUUAUUCCACAUUGGAGAAGGAUUCGAAAUUAAAUGUUGCCGAGGCAGGAGCGGUAUCGAAAGAUAUGCCUUACAUGGCAAUGAUUCUUGUAAAAAGAUUAAAACAUGAUUCUAGAGUGAAUAUGCAAAAACAUUGGAAGCAUAUCUCUUUGAUGAUAGGUUCGAACGAUUUUUGUUUGUUCAUUUGCACGCAAAAUGAAACGGAAUUUUUACAAAAUCAUGAACGAGAUAUCGUUGAAACAUUGAGAAUACUUCGUGACAAUGUACCAAGAGUAUUCGUAUCUCUUAUUCCUCCUCCACAAUUGAAAACACUUGUGGACAUUAAUUACAAUGGAAAACCGUCGAUUUGGUGCGAUUUGAUGACAGAUUUAGAAUGUCCUUGUUUAUUUGGUUUAACAUAUCUUGAUAAAAGGCAGGAAUAUUAUAAAAUCAUAAAAAGAUGGCAAGAUAUUGAUAUAAAAAUAAGCAACUAUUCCGAGUUUCAAAAAGAUGAUUUCGUUGUGAUAGCUCAACCAAUCCUGACGAAUAUUACAUUGCUAUCAAAUAAAAGAGAUAAUGAUAGGAAUUCUUAUUUAACUGUUGACUGUUUCCACAUUACGCAAAAAACAAAUUCUUUAUAUGGUAAUACCCUUUGGAAUAGUUUGAUUUUACCUUAUGAGAAGAAACCAAUUGAUCUUGUAACGAAACUCGAUAUAUUUUGUCCUACCAAGGAAAAUCCUUAUCUGUUUACUUAUAGUAAUACAAAAUUUAGUGAAAAUUUCGAUUAAAAAAAAAAAAAAAAAAAAAAAAAAAAAAGAAAAAAGAUGGUAAUUAAAUAAGAUUAAAA